GUGGAUGGCAUGAUGGUGCGGGGACGGCGCCGCGGCGGUGGAAGCAGGCUCCCCAGCGGCAUGCCAGUGCCCGCCGGGCGCGAUGGCUAGCGGCAGCGCCGGCAAGCCCAGUGGCGAGGCGGCGGCUUCUCCGGCUCCUGCGGGCGGCGGCGGCGGCGGGGCCUGCUCGCAGCCGCGCAAGAGGCUGGUGUCCGUGUGCGACCACUGCAAGGGCAAGAUGCAGCUGGUGGCCGACCUGCUGCUGCUGUCCAGCGAGGCGCGGCCCGUGCUCUUCGAGGGUCCCGCCGCCUCGUCGUGCGCCGGCGCCGAGUCCUUCGAGCAGUGCCGGGACACCAUCAUCGCGCGCACCAAGGGGCUCUCCAUCCUCACCCACGACGUGCAGAGCCAGCUCAACAUGGGCCGCUUCGGCGAGGCGGGGGACAGCCUGGCCGAGCUGGGCGACCUGGUGGUGUCGCUGACCGAGUGCUCGGCCCACGCGGCCUACCUGGCGGCCGUGGCCACGCCGGGCGCGCAGCCCGCGCAGCCGGGGCUGGUGGACCGCUACCGCGUGACGCGCUGCCGCCACGAGGUGGAGCAGGGCUGCGCCGUGCUGCGCGCCACGCCGCUGGCCGACAUGACCCCGCAGCUGCUGCUCGAGGUGUCGCAGGGCCUGUCGCGCAACCUCAAGUUCCUGACGGACGCGUGCGCCCUGGCCAGCGACAAGUCCCGGGACCGCUUCUCCCGCGAGCAGUUCAAGCUGGGCGUCAAGUGCAUGAGCACCAGCGCCUCGGCGCUGCUGGCGUGCGUGCGCGAGGUCAAGGCGGCGCCCAGCGAGCUGGCGCGCAGCCGCUGCGCGCUCUUCAGCGGGCCCCUGGUGCAGGCCGUGAGCGCCCUGGUGGGCUUCGCCACCGAGCCGCAGUUCCUGGGUCGCGCGGCCGCCGUGAGCGCCGAGGGCAAGGCGGUGCAGACCGCCAUCCUGGGCGGCGCCAUGAGCGUCGUGUCGGCCUGCGUGCUCCUGACCCAGUGCCUCAGGGAUCUGGCGCAGCACCCGGACGGGGGCGCCAAGAUGUCGGACCACAGGGAGAGGCUGAGGAACUCGGCGUGUGCCGUGUCUGAAGGCUGCACCCUGCUAUCUCAGGCUUUACGGGAGAGAUCUUCGCCCAGGACUUUACCGCCAGUGAAUUCCAAUUCUGUGAAUUAGCACCCCACCCCACCCCCCAGACGAAAGGAAGAUAUCUAACUCUCUGCCCCGUCCGUUUAUACCAAAGAAAUCGUAGGUGAGCGGUCCCCGCGCCCCGAACCCCGUGCACCCCGCGCCGCCUUCCCCAAGGCGAGUGGCGAGGCCGCGCGCGCCUGGAGCCCGCGCCCAGGACCUGGGACACGGAAGAUGGGUGACCCCCGGCGCUGUCGCCCCCCAACCCAUCUUCUUGGCUAAAUUUUAUUCUCUGUUGGGCAGGAAGCCGGGCAUGGGCUCGUUUCUCUCUCUCUCUCUCUCUCUCUCUCUCUCUCUCUCUCUCUCUCUCCCUUUCUCGGUGUUUUCUAAUUAAAAGAAAGGUUACCUCAGUUUUCACUCCUUAGACGUGGAUGUAGCUACCUUUUUUUUUUUUUUGUAUGUCAUUUUUUGAAGCAGUCGUGUUGAAUUAGGAGUAUACUUGGUGUGGAAAGUCUGACUUUGCCAUGCGGUUUGCAGAUGUGGGGGGGAGCUACUGUGAGCGUGUGUUUUAUGUUUUAAUUUACACUAUAGAGUGAUUUUUUUUUCUUCCCCUGAUGUCAAGUUUUUACCUUGCAUGUACUGGAGUAUUUAUUUCAUCUAUUAAAAUGUUAUGUUUCUCA